AAGGAUUGCAUCGCCAGGUUGAGUUUGGAAAUACCUCGCCAAGUGGAUAUGGAAGAUGAAGGUGCUGUUGGGCUGCGGGAUCUGGAUCGACGUACGGAGUGGAAUCUGAGCGGUGAAAGUUUCAUUGAAACAUCGGAACCUAUAGGUCGCUUAUCCUGUGGCAAUCCAUUCUUGUAUACUGGUUCUGAGAAACAACUAGUAGGGAAACCACUUGAUGAUGGAUCAAAGUUGCAGAAGGCUCAUCUGAAGAAGAAUCAGUUGCUACCAGUCAUGUUCUCAACUGAUGAAAACACUGAAGUUGAAGAAGGCUUGGGAAGUGUGGGAAACAAAGAAGCUGUCACAAAUGUGUGGAAUGCGUGGGAAGGAAAGUUCAAACCAUGUGCGGAUGACUGUUAUUUAAAAAGCUAUCAUCAGAAUCAGUUGCUACGCAAAGAAGCUGUCACAAAUGGGUGGAAUGCGUGGGAAGGAAGGUUCAAACCAUUUUUGGGUGACUUUCAUUUAAUAAGACAGGGCGUCUAUUUUGGAGAGCUUGAUGAAUAUGGGAAUUGGGAUGAUGGCGAAUGUGCCAAGGCAGUGCAAGAACAUUUGAGAAGGCUGGGAAGGCGUAUGGAUAAACAAGGUACUGAGGCAGUGGUAGAAGAUAUCCGUCGUAAACUAAACUUGGGAGAAGGUACGAUGAUGAAGUGAAAGGCACACGGAAGAGGAAAACGUCCUGCGCCUCCAGCUGAUCAGGAUUUGAGAAUUGCAUAUCUAUCUAUCUAUAUAAUAUUAUAAAGCAAACGCCUAAAGAAUCCUUCAGAGGAAUUGUUGGUAUGUAGCAACAUCCUUUGUAUGAAAAAUGACGUGUGGCAACAUGAUAAAUUAAAGAAACCACUAUUCAACUUCCAAAACUCUACUCUUAUGUACUCCAAUAUUUAACUAUUUAUAUUUAGGGGAUGAACCUAGUUUGCUUAUUGUACUAACUUUGUGCAGUGCAUCUUUAUGCUAU